AAAAAGUUUAAAUAAAAUUUAUAUAAAAAAAUAAAAUGUUUUCGUGUUGUCGCGCAAAUCCUAAAAGUUCCAAAAAAUCUAAAAAAUUAAAUGAAGAUAACGCAAAAGAACAAGAAAUAAGUCAGCAAAAUGAUGCAUCGACAAAAAGUGAUAAUAAAAAACUGAUAAUACCAACGAUUACCAUAGAAAAUGGUAAAACAACGACAGAUAGUGUAAUAAAUAACGAACAAAAAAAAACACAACAACAGCAACAACCACAAGAAAAUGGCAAUGCAACAACAGUUGAAAGAGUCAAUAACGAAAUAGAUAAAUUAAAUGAAAAUGAAAAUAUUACAACGACAACUAUUGCAACGGAAGCAAUUGAAAAAACCCAAAAGGAAACGGAAAAUAUUAAUGUACAAACAACGACCACAACAACAACAAUAACAACGAAGACAACGAUUGAUGAACAAGAAGUAGCAAGUGAAGCCGUUAUUACUAGGACAACGCAAACAAAUGUUGACAGUGACAAUGUAACGCUAGCAAAUGAUGCGGAAAUUAUUUGUUGUAAAACAUUGACAGAAACAAAUAAUAGUUUGCAAAACAAUAGCGAUGAAGUAGAAACGAUAAUAAAUGAUGCUGUUACGUUAACACACUCUAACGAAGCACAAACAAAAGAUACAAAUGUUUAUAGUCAAACCAAUGAUAAAGCUGAAGAGUCUACUUCAACAACAACUCAAUCUACUAAUAGUCGUGGAGAGGUUAAUGCAAAUGCCGUCAGCAAUGGAAAACCUAAAUCGUGUCUUUCACGUCACAAUUCAACACACACAUCAAUUAAGAAACGUGUCAACAUUAGUGUACACACUGAAAUAAUAGAACCUGAUCCUUUGCUACCCAUUCUAGUACCCAUCACUUCGUCGGUGGGCGAUGAAGAAGAUGAUGUUUUCUCCGAUUCUGUACCACCUCCAAAACGAGAAAGUAUGUGUGCACCAUAUUUGGAACGUGAUAUUGACAAUGAUGAUGUUGUUACGGAAUCAUUGGCUUAUGCUCAUGGUUUACCCGAAUGGUUUAACAAUGAACGGAUUAAUGAUGUAGGUUGUAUUGAACCACCGGUUACACCUGUUGGACGCGAUGAGCUAGAAUUAAAACGUCAGCGUAUUUAUAAAGAUUUACUAUGUGCAGCACAAGCUGCUGUCAAGCAUAAUGCACGUUUUGAACCGAAUGUGUUUGUGGGCAAUGCUGAUAUACAGACAACAACAGAACGCGGGGGAGAUUGUGACCCUGAUUUAAAACCUUCGGUUGCGGAAAAUCUUGAACAUUUGGUAAAUCGCCUAGAGAAACUUGUAGAACGUUUGGAACGCUCUAUUAGUGCUCGUGAAUUGGAAAUAGCCAAUCGUACAUUCGAUAGUGUAUUGGAAAAGAAACGUGCUAGUUUCGAUUUAGAGACAACUGAGCUGCCGCCAGUGCCCGUGGAAAAUUUAUCAGUAUCCGAACAAACGGUUAAGCUUAAUCAACGUAUCGAACGUAUUGAGGAGUCUUUGGGCAAAAUCAACGAACGUCAUAGUCUCAGCAGUCGCAGUGAUAGUUUAGUGCAUAAUCAUCAUAAUCAGCUGCCAAAAGACAAUAGUCUUGAAGAUAUUCCUACUGUAUUAGACGAUUUUUCAUCUUUACCGCCACCACCUCCACCACUAGAACUCAAUAUGAGCGUUUUGGGUUUUCAAGAUAUUAUGGCCGGUCCUUUGAGCCAAUAUUUAGCUUUGUCGGCUAAAAUUGGCGGUGAUGUGGCCAAACAUGCUGAAUUCGUUAAAAAGGCUUUUGAUGCCCAACUCCAGUAUGUUACUUUGGCCACUCAAUGCUCCCAGCCCAAUCAAAGCAAGCAAAUGGAAUUGUUGAAACCCACAUCGGAUCAAAUUACCGCCAUACAAGACUUCCGUGAAAAGAAUCGUGCUUCACAGUACUUCAAUCAUUUGUCGGCUAUAAGCGAAAGUAUUCCCGCUUUGGGUUGGGUGUGUGUGUCUCCUACACCUGGUCCCCAUGUUAAGGAAAUGAAUGAUGCUGGUCAGUUUUAUACCAACCGUGUCUUGAAGGAAUGGAAGGAAAAGGACCCCACACAUGUUGAAUGGGCUCGUGCCUGGGUGCAGACCUUGACUGAAUUGCAACAAUACAUUAAGCAAUAUCAUACUACUGGGUUAGUAUGGUCUGGCAAGGGUGCUGCUCCUGCCAGCGGUGCUGCCCCACCACCACCACCCAUGGGUGGUUGUCCUCCUCCACCACCACCACCAACUUUCGACAUGUCCAAUAUGAAUUUAAGCGAGGGACCCGAUGAUCGUAGUGCUUUGUUUGCUGAAAUCAAUCAAGGCGAAAACAUUACUAAAAACUUGAAGAAAGUAACCGCUGAUAUGCAAACUCAUAAAAAUCCUACCUUACGCACUGGCCCCGCUCCUUUCAAGACACCCACACAAUUUGCUUCGUCUAGCAAACCAGCCGCCCCUGUCGUCAAAGAUCCAGUUUUCACUCGCGAUGGCAAGAAAUGGCUGAUUGAAUACCAGAAGAAUAACAACAAUCUAUUGGUGGAGAAUGCUGAAAUGAACAAUGUUGUCUACAUGUUCAAGUGUGAAGGUUCCGUUUUGACCGUUAAGGGCAAAGUUAACAACGUUGUUUUGGACUCCUGCAAGAAAUGUUCUUUGGUAUUCGACUCUGUGGUGGCCUCAAUUGAAUUUGUCAAUUGCCAAUCGGUUCAGAUGCAAGUAUUGGGUUUCGUACCCACCAUUUCCAUUGACAAAACCGAUGGUUGCCAAAUGUAUUUGUCUAAGGAAUCUUUAGGCGUUGAGAUUGUCAGCUCCAAAUCAUCGGAAAUGAAUAUUAUGCUGCCCGAAGACAGUGGAGAUUAUACUGAAUUGCCUGUGCCCGAACAAUUCAAGACCACCAUUUCCGGCAAGACUUUGAAAACUGUCUGUGUUGAUAGCCUUGGAUAAGCUGUUUUUAACUGCUACAAACCAGCAUAUCUUUUUAACUUAAAACAAACAAAAAUUCAUUAAUACACACCCCCCAAAUUAAAUAUGCCAAUCAAUCAAAACAACAAACAA